AUGCUUGGAGGCAGUGUAAAUCAUUUUGAUAAAUUAGAUUGCAAGAACUAGACGGUAGGAUGCUUAGGAACCUAUGGAGAAUACCAAAUGAUCUCUUGUUUUUGUAUUACGCUUCUGUGAUUACCUUUUUGGUCCUCAUGCAUGAUGACUUUUGCUUUGGUUAUGAGCAUUUGUUGCUGCAUCUUCCGGUAAUAUUUUUCCCACUAUGUUCUUUUGCCUCGUUUUUAUAAGGGAUGAUUCUUUUUCUUUAACGAUUACUCCACAAAUUGUUAGGAAUGGUUAGAGAAAUUCUCUAUGUUUAUUUGAUUAACUAAUCAACUUUUUACAUUAUUAUCAGGACAUGUAGGGAUCGUCAAGUUUCCCUCAACCAUUUUUCAUCCUUAUUUUGUUAAAGAAAUUGCUCAGAUCUUGAACCAAUUUUGCCCUGGAUGCAAAUCCAACAAAGCAAAGUAUGCAGGCAAAGGUCAGGUAUAAACUUCAUGUUGUAAGUGAUCCAGUGAUUCCUAUUUCAGUGUGCCCUUGGGAGUAUUUUUGCUCAAUAUGUUUUACAAACUGAAUUGCAUGUAUGCCAUUUGAAAUAUUCAAAUUACUCUAGUAACGAUAACCGUGGUAUAUUGAAAAGGGUUUGUGUACAAGUCAUAUUGACUUUUGCUUUUCUGAGAUCUGAUAUGCGUCCGGUUCAGUCAAACAUGUAACAACUGUUUGUAGUUUGGCAGGCUCCAUACUCCAUUCUGGCUUGAAUCCAUUGGUUCAGUCGGAUGAUUUAAAAGUGGUGAUUCUGUUUAAUUGAGAAUGCAAACAGUACAAAAAACUCUCAAUUGCUAUGACCUUUAGCUGAAGAAAGUCUUGCAUUCGGAUUGUAUCUGGUAUAGCUGCUGUCUUUUGGCCUAGUCUCAUUUGAGACAGCAGGAUUAAAUCUGGUAAACUUUUGGCUGAGUUUGCAUGUCAUGGAGAAAUGCAUCCCCAUAUGAACAGAUAGAGCUUGUUUUAGGAGCAGGGGAAAUGCGUUAAGUAAAGAAUUUGCUGUCCGAAAUAAGUUAACCACAGCCGAAGGAAGAAACUUUCUGCAAUAUGCUAGCUGAUUAAAAAAUGACCAAAUUAGUCGUUUAAACCUUGUAAUUAGUUGGAUUUUGGGACGUCAGAGUUUCCCUCACAAUCAAGCCUUCAAAAAGUGUGUAUUGUUAGUUUGAUUAUCAUUAUUGGUAAAAGAGAGGUUAGUAUUCCAUUACCUUUUUGAUGUAACAGAAGGCCUGAAAGUAUAUAGUUCAUUACUGAACAAAUAUUGAGAAAUAUGCUUUUGGAUGUGAGAUAGGAUAACUUUAUCCCCCCCCCCCCCUUUUUACAUUUUACCUGUCUGUAUUAUAGGCUCUUUCCUGGUGUAGACAAGCAUGAAAUAUUUUCUUUUAUUCUUGAUGGUUACGCUUCCUUAUUUUAACUCAUAGGUAAUGUCAUCUAGACAAUGACUGAAUUUUUGGUAUUCACAUCGAUUUUAAUGUGAGGCAAAAACCUGCAUUUCAUAUAUUUUACCAUUCAAUCACAUGAGCUUAAAUACAAGAAUUAUUGACAAUGACGUUAGAGAAUACUUUCCUUCGAGUUUCCUGCGUUACCUGUCGUAUUGAUUGCAUCAGAUGCAGUUCUUGAUGUAUUAUGCUUGAAACAGAGCUGGCGCAAAAUUUCACACAAACAGGCGUUGCUAGAUGAUCAAUUACGUUGCAAAUAUUGUAGUGUAAGUGUUGUGAUUCAGUUGAAUGUUCAUUUAAUUAGCUGUGCUGUAUAUCGAAAGUAUCCCAUUUAUUUCAGAGAAAGAGUUACUCAAAGGAAUGGUAUCCUUCAAUGAAGUUUAAAGUUUUGAAAGAGAAGUCCAAUAGUGGAAGUAUAUUUGUGGAGUGUAAUACAAACUUACUAAAAAAGUUCAAGAAGAAAGAUUCGUGUUACGUAUUGCCUAAAGAUUACUGGGACUUCAUCCCAAAGGAUGUACAACUGGAAGUUCCCAGAAGAUCAAAGGUUAUGCUUUCUCCAUCGCAGGUAGCACCGAUCGCCCCUUGCCUAGUCCCUUUUUCUUUUCUCUUCAAAUGAACUUUUCAGUUGGUUAUCUAAAUUUCCUAGAGUAAUAUAUUAGUCUAAUGAAUAUCUCUGGCAUGUUGUGGUUUUGCAUGCCUGAAAAAUGGAUGUUGGAAAGAGGAUUGUCCCCCCAGAUCUAAUUGCUCAAAUAGAGCACAGGAUCUGUACAGGGCAUGUCUUGAUGCAACCAAAACAUAUUGAUAGAUGCAGAGAUGAGAAAUAAUUUAAGUCUAAUUUGCUUGUUAUCAAAAUACACAUGUUCAUAUGCAUUAUAUUAUUGUAUAAUGUUGAUUUUUCCUACUUUCAUGACUUCAUAGUUAUUAGGAGUGGACUAAUAUCCCUAUGCUGGUCCAAGUAAUUACCAAAGUUUUCCUUCUCAGCUUUUUUGAAGUAAAAUAAUCAGUUUUUUCCUUAUUUUGUUUCAAUACGCGUAAUGUGGAAACAUAACCCAGCCCGAUGACGGAACAGGGAGACCUAGAUUGUAGAAGAUCAUAACUUGAGUGAUUUGGCCUUUUUUGUUUCUGUUCAUUGCAUAAACGAAGACUAUCACUCUAUGAUGCGUUACCUUCGCUCAAGAUUACUCUUGCUAUGGCAGAUUCCAUAUAUGUUCCAUGUACAUUUCCAUGCAAUAUUUAUGUCAAUCCUUCAAAGCAUCAUACAGAGUGCUGUUUCAGACAUGGUAUGCGGGAUUGGUCUGUCAGGAGGGGACUUGCCAAUUUGGAUCGGAUUAGGAAUUGGCACCUUCCAAGAUAUAUAGUCUUUAUAUUUUUAGUUUUUAUCCCCGAUUUGGGGUCUUCUCUGUGAUUAGGGAUAACUAAUUUUGUCACCUGAUCCUAUCUCGGGAUCUAUGGUUAGGGCACCAUAAGAAAACGUAUACAUUCUUCUGGGAUCAUAGGGCUGUUAGUCAGAAACUUCCCUUUCAAGGUGGAAGAUUGCACGUUCAAGCUCCAUAAGUUUCAAACAGUGGUCCGGUUCUGUCACACCGAUUUACUUCGCAUUUUAUUGACAUUAUCUAAUGAAUAACUCUAACCAAUGGACAGACUGGGCGCAUUGAGACAAUUUGGACUUUCAUCCCAGAAAGCCCAGCCCAAGUUCGAAUGAGUGGAUUCAGUUCGGCCGGAACUGCAAUUGUUAUGAUAUCUGCUGUGAAGAUGGUGAUAUGACGUCUAAUUUAUUAAUGCACCUUCUCCCCUCUUCUCUCUCGUCUUGCAGUCCGUUGUCUUGAUUUACACUAGCCUGUCGCAGUCUCAUGAAUAGUGGGGGACUGGAUAGUCAGUUCUUGCUACAUUAUGAAGUUUCUGUCGGAUGUGUUUGAAUUUGACAUGGCACGCAUACACAUAGCAAAACUCUGGUUAGACAAAGUCUCAUAAAAUAAACCUAGUUUUCUUUUCUCAAACCAGUCAUCAUUUGGCCCAGGUACACGCUUUUGCUCAGCUUUUUAUCAGGACUUACGCUGCUUUAGUGAUAUUAAAGUUUCACGUCCUGUCACUUACUGUACUCACAGUGUGUGCAAUAAUCUAGUCCUGUUGUGACUGCAAUUGUCUCCAUCGUCUACAUUCUGACAUAACAUCAUCUUCUUAUGAACAGGUUUUUUAUUUGUUGAAAGAUCUCGACCGAGAGUUUAUUGAGCAGUUUGUUUUGAGGCGGGAAUUUCUUUUUCUUUCAUGCCUUCCUGUUACACCAAAUUGCUGCAGAGUGACAGAAAUAACUUUUGGUUCCGAUUCUCCAAAAGUUACAUUUGUGAGUUUUCUUCAUUUGCUGGGUGUUUCAUUGUUUGUCAUUCACCAAACUUUUAAGAAGUUGAUCUUUUCUUUGACCAAUUUUCUGUCUGUUCUUUAAAAGAAGUUCAAACAUAAAUUUUGUAAUGAAAGUUUGCUUGUGAAAUGUAGGAUGAUAGAACCAAGGCCUAUAAAAGGCUGGUUGAUACAAAAAGUAAGAUGGAUGUGAUGCAGCAUCCCCCUGAAGUUUGUACUACUCGGGUCCUUGAAUGCCUUUCUUUCUCAAAGGCAGGUGUAACGUCCUCCUAUAUUUGUAGUCUCAUAUAAUUAUCAUUCAUUAUUUUACGAGAUUUGUACUGUGAAUUUCAGUUGCAUUCUAAAAAUUCUCCAAGCAGAGGCGCUUCUCCGAGUAUUUCUGGUUUGAGAUGGGUCAAAGAUGUAGUUUUAUGUAAAAGGACAGAUCAUGUGUGCCGUAUGACUGUCGUUGGUGAUCCCAAUGUUAGAUUAAGUGAAAUUGGCAUCCCUGAAGAAAUUUCAAAGCAUCUGGUUAUUCCUGAAGGUAUAACAAGCCACAACAAGCAUAUUUGGAACAGUACUUGUAAUAAGUACCUUAAUUACAGGACGAUUUAUGCCAGAAGGAAUUCCAGAUUAUGUUCUCUGACCAAUCCAGUCGAGCUUCAGAUUGGUGAUGUUCUGUAUAGACCUCUGGAAAAUGGUGAUCUUCUGUUGGUCAACAGACCUCCAUCUGUGCAUCAGCAUUCCCUCAUUGGUUUAUCUGCUAGAAUUCUUCCUACAACUGCGGUAUUCUCCAUAAAUCCCCUGUGUUGUGCUCCUCUAUACGGGGAUUUUGACGGGGACUGCUUACAUGCAUAUGUUCCACAAUCCAUCCAUUCAAGGGUAGAACUUAAUGAGCUUGUUCAUUUAAAUAAGCAGUUAUUAAAUGGGCAGGACAGCCGAUCCCUCGUACCCUUGAGUCAGGAUAGCUUAACUGCUGCCUAUCUACUCACGGGGGAUAUGGUUUUCCUUAGUACAUCUGAGAUUCAGCAAUUGCAAAUGCCAUCUACACGAUCGCUUCAGUAUCCUGCAAUUUUGAAGGCUCCUCAUCUUACUGGACCUCUCUGGACUGGCCAGCAAUUAUUCAGUGCAAUUCUUCCUGAAAACAUGGAAUUUUCUCUCCCUUCCAUGACGAUAAAUAUCAGCAAUGGCGAAGUUCUUGUUUCUCCUACUGAAUCUUUGUGGCUAGGAAAUACUUCUGAUGGAUUAUUUUCUAAAAUUUCUAGGUGUUACGGUGACAAGGCUCUUGACUAUUUCUUUUCAGCAGCGGAAAUCCUUUGUGAAUGGAUAUCUAUGAGAGGGCUUAGUGUUUCUCUAGAGGAUAUGUACCUUGUGUCUAAUUCCUAUGACCGGAAGAAGUUGAUUCUAGAGGUGGAGUAUGGUCUGCGAGAGGCAGAUCGUGCGUGCUAUACGAACAAUUUGUUAAUGAACGCAGAGAUUGUGGAUCGCUUGAAAGAUUGUAAUGGGCGAGAAGAAAUCCCAAACUCUAUUAGUGUUGAAAUUCAUCGCAUGCUCAACUGCAAACGUAUGGUCACGAACUCAAAAUCUUUUGCGGUAUUCAGGGAGGUGUUUACUGAACUUCAGUAUCUAGUGCGAGAAUUUGCAAGCAAGAAUAACUCCUUGCUUUCAAUGAUUCGUGCUGGAAGCAAAGGCAGUUUAUCAAAGUUCCUUGAGCAAAGUGUGUGUCUCGGUCUACAAUACUCAGCUGCAUCUUUUGAAAUACCUUCUAGGCUUUCUUGUGCUAACUGGAAUCAGUAUAAGAUGUCUGAUCUACAUGGGAUUGCACAAGAGACAUCUGAUCAUACUCGGAAAUGUGGUUCAUAUGCUGUUAUUAAGAGUUCUUUUCUUGAUGGACUAAAUCCAUUAGAAUGUUUUCUUCACUCUUCAUCAGGGCGAAUGAAUCUCUUUAGUGAGAAUGCAGAAUUUCCUGGGACUUUGACUCGGAAACUUAUGUUCUAUAUGCGAGAUCUUUAUGUUGCUUAUGAUCAGACAGUGAGAAAUUCCUAUGGGCAGCAAGUAAUCAAAUUUUCAUAUGAUAUUCCUUGCAAAACAUCCGUCGAAGAUGCAUAUUGUGAGACACCUGUUCAAGGUGGUCAACCUAUUGGAGCGUUGGCUGCUUGUUCAAUCUCAGAAGCUGCAUAUAGUGCUUUAGAACUACCAUCCAAUAAUGCUGAAGCCUCUCCUCUCUUAAACUUAAAGGUUUUUUGUUACUUUCAUGAUUCUGAAAACGUCUACAGAAGUUUGCAUACUCAUCAUUGAAAUAAAUUUCCAAUUUUCAAGUCAAAGCAAUAGGGGUUCCUGAUUGCUUUGACUUGAAGAGUCAUUAGUUUUACAUAUUGAUGCAUGUUUCAUGCUUUUUUUGUUGUUUAUUCCUGACCGCAGUCUGGAUAGGAUCGCUUGGGUUUACCAAGAAUCAGGUCAGGGUGGACUUUGUUGAAGUGGGGGAUGGUUUAGAGCCAACCAGCAUCUGAUUAUCUUAAGAGUCUUGUCACAGUUUCCUAGACGAGCAUAAAAAAAUGUGAGAUAUAAAAAAUAUGAUACUCAUUAUGUGUGAAUAACAAGUGAUGCGUGGUUCAAUUCACCAUAACUUCUUGCCGUGCAAGAAAAUCAGAAAAUUGAUCUUCCUUGUUUGGAUUGGCUUCAAGAAUGAUGAGUCCCCGAUUUAUUCUGCCUUUAGGCCCUCUUAAUAUUUAUAUUUCUUUAUCAUCUAUCGUCACAAAGUAACCGUUUAAUGAAAUAAAUUCCAUGCAGGAGAUCCACAUCGUUCUGUUGGAGAUUGUUGCUUCUCUGUUGGGCUGCAAGUAUCCACAUGAACCAAAUUGAGGAUGAAACGUAUUUCAUGUUGCAUCCGAAAGGAGGCUCUAAAAAGUUUUCUACUUUGUCUCAUAUCUAGGAAUCGAUGGCUAAGUGAUUGAUACUGUCUAGUUUGAUUAUUGAACUCAUUCCCAAAUGAUACACUUAUGUUCAACUUAUUCCCACGAAUUAAUCUGCGCUUCCUUCGUCACUUAUUUACGGGUUAACUCUGUUGUCUUCUCUCUCUUUUUUUUUCCCUCAUUUAUAUCUCCAAAAAUGGCGGCUAUCCCGGAUCUUUGAUAAUUCGAUGAGCGUGGAUAUGUUAUUUUUAUUUUCAGAGUUUAGCUAGGUAUUACAUAAUCCCUUGUUGUUAGUGACAAGAUGAUAUUUGGGGUAUGCAGAAAGUAUUUGAGUGUGGGAAGAAAGGAGUUGCAGCUGGGCAGACUGUGUCAUUGGUAUUGUCCCAGAAGCUUAGAAGAUGGGACUAUGGUUGUGAAUAUGCAGCAUUGAAGUUACAGCAGCACCUUGAAAGAGUCCUCCUUUCAGAUGUCGUGUCUACAGUUCUAAUAUUGUAAGUUAAUUUUCGCUUUUUUAUUUUCUCACUCUUUAUAUGGCAGAUAUUGAGAAUCGUGUUUAUUUCAUUCCACCUGGUUGCCAGUUAUGCUGGUCAGAAUGCAAAGAUGGGAACCAGCCCAUGGAUUACACAUUUCCAUGUAAAUAAGGUUAUUGUCAUCUAUGUUCAUUGCAAAUAUUUCACGUCCAGAAUGGCUUUACUUUUUGUGAUUCAUUUUGAUUUUAUUUUUUCCCCAGGAAAGGCUACUUAAAGAAAGAUUAAAUCUGAAGUCAAUCAGUGAUGCACUUGACAAGAAGCACAGAUUAUCUGCUGACAAAUCAAGCACCAUGUUUCCUGAGUUGCAUAUCUCAAGAAGGUACAUUUAUCGUUAAGUGUUCCUAGAAGUAUAUCUUCUCGAAAAAUAUAAAACCCAAUCAGGUUCUAAUAUUCUGUUUUGAAUACCUUGUUUUUUCAUUGUGAUUGUUUUUUUUUGGCAUUUUUUGUCUAUGUUUUCAGCAUCAAAUUGAAAACAUUGUGAUUAUAAACAAGUUAUGUAAUGGGUGAUUGCAAACAGGUACUGUUCAGAUGACGGCAUACACGAGGAUCAAGAUAUGGAAAAUUGUAUCACAGUUACUGCUGAGAAUUCUAGGUUCCCUGUGGACCUGGAUGACAUACGUAAUACAGUGAUCCCUCUACUUCUUCGGACUGCUGUUAAGGGUAUUGCGAAGAACUAUUAGCAAUUCCCAUUUUUUUCCUGAGUCUUGCAACAAUUACCUACCCAUUUUUAGUUAAAAUGAGCAUAUCAUAUGUUUCUUUAAUUUUUGCUCAUGUUUUCAAUCUGCUGACAAGAUUCAGUGGAUUCUGUGCUAAUGAUUCUUUAGUCACACUAUGUAAUGGUCUCUCGCUUAAAUCCUUCACAAAAUUUAGUCAACCCAACAAGUAAUGAGAAAAAAAUCCUUCACAAAAUCCUUCAUUUUUUUGUCGAUUUCUCUUCUGGAUCUACAAGAAUUCAUGCCUCAAAGAUUAUCUCGCGCAUUGUUUUUGGUGAGAAUCCUUACUGUAAAUAGGAUCACCAUACCUAGUGUCCUUGUUUUUUUCCUCUUGCUUCAUAGUGCUUGAAAAGGCUGAUGGGAUAUGGCAUUAAAAAGGGAUGAUUGCUCUAGACCAGAGGUUUUGAAUUCUGUCAAUCCUUCAUAUGAUAAUCUAGCUUGUACCUUUCUAAUAAUCCCAUGGAACCUUGCCAAUGUGUCUGUGCACUGAGAAUGCUUCCACUUCUCUCAUAGGGCUCUACCCUUCAGCCCAUUACCACAGAUUGGCAAUACCAUUUUUCAUGUCUUUUUUCUGUUGUCAUCUCCCUCCAUCUUUCAAGUGCCCAUCACCUACGGCUAUCAAAUGCCACCAUUAUUGUCGCCACAGGCCGCCAUUCUUCCUCCUAUCCACUACUGUUGCCACUCAUCGCCAGUAUCAUCCGCCAUCACCCCAUCACCCCAUACAACGGCACCAUUACUCCUUCCAUGGCUAUGUUCCUCCACAAAGAACCACCGCCUAUCACUGCUAAUACCAAGUGUGACUGCCGUUAUCAUCUUUGACAAUUUUUUUGAUUUCAUAAUUUCAUAAUUAUCAAGCGUUAAAUCUUUUUUUGGCCUGUAUUUUUGUAAUUUUUACUCAUGUAAUCUGUGAAUAGCUUGUCUAGUAAUUGAAUGUGAUUAAACGCCCUUUUAUCUCCAAUAGUUUGACUGAGCUGAGGCUGACUUUAAUCGUGUCCAAAAACCAUUGUUGAAUACUGUCAGUUUCCUGAAACUUGCCAUAGCUGGCCAAUCAGUCGUUGGGUUUCUGAUCUAAACCUAUCAUUAUAAACUUGCCAUAGCUGCAUUUUCUGCUGUCCUGGGCUUUCAGUUUUCCUAUCAAUAGGAUAUCUUAACUUGGAUACUCUUACAGGAUAUCUGGAGGUCAAGAAGGUGGACAUUCGAUGGGACGAUCAGCGUUCACCUAGACUUUACCCAGGCUCAUCUGGGCUAUUUCUGAAGGUUAUCCUAUCAGAAAGCUGUAAAGCAGGGAAAGGGUGGAGCUUUCUCCAGGAGGCAUGUUUACCUCUGAUGGAUUUGAUCGACUGGCAGCGCAGCCAUCCAGAUAGUAACUUCGCUGCAUAUAAAGCUUAUGGUGUUGAUGCUGCAUGGAAAUAUUUUGUGGCAGUACGAUACCUCACUAUACCCAUGCUUAGCUUUCAUAUUCUCUACUGCUUCGAUCGUCACCAUCUGCCCUUGCUCCUUGAUCCAUCAUGCAGAACUUGAAGAUUGCAACAGUUAAGAUCGGAAAACGAAUUCAUAUGGAACACUUGCAUCUGGUUGCAGACUGCCUCUCGGCAACUGGGGAGUUUUAUGCCUUAACUGCCCGAGGACUGAAGCUGCAAAGGGACCCGUUGUCCCUUUCAACCCCCUUCAUGCAAGGAUUUUUUUCUGUCAGUAUCUGAUGUUAAUGUGGUCAUCCUGGUCAUAUAUUUUAAUAAAAUUUAACUGAUAAUAAUGUUCUUUACACCUUCUGCAGUCUCCAGAAAGCAACUUCAUAAAUGCUGCGAAGAAAGGCGCAGUUGACCAUCUUCUUGGGUCUGUGGACGCUAUGGCAUGGGGGAAAGAAGCUCCACUUGGCACCACUGGACCCUUCGAACUCUUAUAUUCAAGAAAGGUAUGUCCUACUUUUCUCAUGGUGGGUGGGUUCUUUAGAAUAAGAUCAAUACUUCUUCCUGGGUUUUAAAUCAUAUGAUCGUUGUAAAUCAUAUGAUCAUUGAACAGACCCCUGCAUGAGAAAUUCAGUCGUUAUCUCACUAACCUGUAGUAGUUUUGUCUAAGAUACUCCCAUUAGUUUUCAGAUAGAAACUGGGGACUCCUGGGUAUCACAGAUCUAAAGUUAUAUUUUUUUUCUCCUUGGGCGUCGCGUUAUAGGGACACAAAGGUAAACCGGAUGAACUCUUAUGAUUGUGGGGUUGAUUUGUGGUCUUCAAUAGGUGUUGUUUCCAUGAUUUGUGGAGAAGCUUUCAAACGGGAGAAUAUGUAUCUCGUUGGCCAAACCAAUUAUUCUCUUCUCAAUGCCAUACUGGGUCUCUUUUUCUUUCUUGUAUGCAGUUAUGCAAGCUAGGAACGGAUCAUCAGGGUAGGGGAAAACGAAGAGAAUCUUCUCUUGCAUAUAAACUGAAGUAGAAGAUCUGGAGGAGUGAAUGGCUCAGUCAGGGAUGAAAGAAUAAAAGGGAAGGGGAGAGUUGUAGCAGAGCAGCAAAUAUUAAUAAAAAAAACGGAGAAAGAGUGAAUGGCUUGAUUCCACAUUACCUACCCAGGUGGGGAGGGAGGAGGAUUAAAUGGGAGGAAUUGUGUGAAUAUAAACACACAAAAAAUAACUCUUUUAUUGUGUAUUUUUAGAAUUAUAUAAAAUUAUUCCUCAGUUCUUUUAAGUCUUUGGCAACGAUGAAGUGGAUGAAGGUGUUCCAGCUCCUGUUCUUGGGUCUCAAGUCAGUCUGUGCUACAAUUUACGUAGGAUUGCCCCCAUUUUUCCAAGCUUGAGGGAAGCCCUAAAUAGUCCAUUCUUCGAUGAUUAUGAAUCCACAAUCAAUGUUAGGAACAUAGUCUUGGCCAAAGCAUUCAUCUUCACAUAUUUUCUUUCUCAGGUACCAAAUCUUGGUCGGCAGGAGAGUGUCUAUCAAAGCCUGAGGCAAGAGUGUGCUAGUCAAGACAAGGGCAUAUUUGCCAACAUGGUGGGGGCAUCUCAGGAUCACCGCUUGCCCAAGAAACAGGAUGACAAACUGGCAUAUGAUCUAUUGAGGCCUCACAUACAGGACAAGCGAAUUACAACAAAUGGAUCUGUGGGUGGCAGUGAAAUCCGAGUGUUCACCCAUCUGUUUACAUCCCUGAGGAAAAUAUUGCAUGCGUAAGCUUCUUCUUCUUAAGGGUUGCACCGCUUUUUAGUUAUUAUUUUGGAGUAAUUUAUCUACGAAUGCAUCCCAACAGUGUUCUUAAGGGGUGUGCAUGUUGUGGAGAAUCCGUUGCUUAUUCUCAGACCAAGAGAGGGCAGCCCAUCGUUUAUGCCUUGUUUAUCCACCUCGAGUCGUAAUUUAUGGUCAUAUCCUGUCCUAAAGAACAUGAUUCAAAGCCCACCAAGUUCUUCUUUCCUAGGAAGGAAUCUGAAUUGAUACAUUGUUGAUCUCUUAUCCCCGUCUAUGAAUCUUGGAAGAUGGAAGGAGAGACUGAUAGGGGUAGAAGACCCACAUUGCAUAGACAACAUGAUCCAGACAAACCCUACAAUGUGGAUAACAUAGUGGAAGAAUCAGGUAGGAUUUUUGGGCUUUUCAUGCAUGCGGUCAAUGAAAUCUGUGGUGUCGAUCAUUCGAGAUGAUGCCAGUGAUGGUACCUUUGGUGCAACUAUGAAUUUGAUUUGAUUAUGCUCCUAGUCAAUGUUUGCGCCCACUUUAAUUCUCUUUCAAGUUGCUUAGAGCCAGGGAUCUGGUGACCUGACACUGAAGUUCCCCUUUGAAGGUACCCUAUGGGUGCAUAUCUAAAAGAAGAAGCCAAGUCUCUGGCAGUCAAAGCUUUGGGAUUCCAUCCCAGGAAGGAUGCCAAGAUCGGAGCUGGGAUCAAAGAAAUCAAGGUAUCUACCAUUAGACGAAUUAUAAGUGGGCUGAUGUUCAUUUCUCGCACUUAUGCUUCAUAAAAAUGGAAUCAUGGAUGGAAAAGCUCACUCCUUCCUCUAUUCUUUGUUGAUCUCAAAGAAUGUUAUGUGAUCGCAUGGCAAACCUCCCUACACUCCCAUUCUGUGCUAUCUGUUUCCAUAUGAUCCGUGUCCUCUCUCUCUCUCUCUCCUUCCCCUCCCCCUUCUCUCCAAGUCUUCCUGAGAGUAGAUUUAUACAAUCAUCAGUCAUAGAUCUUGAUAUGGUGGCGAAAACUCUGAAUAUCUUCCAUUCUCCUCUCUCUAUACUAUGGCAGAUCGGACAGAACCCAAUGUUCCCAGGGUCGCGUUGCUUCGUUGUGGAAAGGGUGGAUGGAACCUCUGACGAUUUCUCAUACUGGAAAUGCUUCAAGGGUGCCAUGGAGAAGUAUUCAGCAGGAACAACUACCCAUUUCACGAGAUCAGCUAGAAAGAGGAAAUCCACAUGAAGUCACUUGUACCUUUAUCUCUAUCCUCUGCUGCCCCAUUGACUCUAUAAAUUAUCUGGUCAACUGUCCUGUAAAGCUGCAGUUCCACAGUGAUGUCUGGGUAUCAUUCAUCGAACAAAGAUCCAAAUCUCAGAUGAUACAGAACACAACGGGAGUUCUUCAUCUUCAUCCCGUCUGUCGAUGUGGAAGAAGGAAAAGGAUCAAACCCAUCCGAUUUGACCAAGUGGGUUUUUCUUGGGGACUCCGAUCUUAAUCCUCCAUUUUUUUUGUCCAAAACAUGCUGGUGAUUUUGUCCAAAUAUCAUGGCUUUCUUUUGGAAAUAUAUGCUACAUUUGCUUCCAUACGAUGUUAGUGAUCUUGGCUGAAUGCCCAUCUACACCUCUCCAUAUGGAUGGUUGGUCUCUGCUAGGGAAGGUUGCGACCAAAAAUAUAGGCGAUAUACUGGGAAUUAUACGUAGUCUUCAACCGCACUUGAUCCAUGAAAGUCAGAAAAGCUUACUUGUCUGUAUGAUUUUUCCACCGUUGACCUCGAACGGCGGGGUUGGUGGGGGAAAGGUCACAGAUUGAACAUCACCUUAAUGGCGCUGCCACCGCGGGCGCUGACAUCGAAGGCCUCCUCCACCUCACGCUGGGAGAAGCCGUACCGGUGCGUAAUCAAGGGCUUCACGUCGAUCUUCCCGCUGCUCAGGAACUCCAGGCACAGAGGCCAGGUGUUCUUGUACCGGAAGACGCCGACCACGUCCACUUCCCUGUUUCCCGGAAGGUUGAUGGGGAAAAAGCGGAAUUAGGGCAGGAGAAUGCUGCCGGUGGAGGAGCAGGAGGGAGUAGACUACCUCGCCGCCGCCGGAGUGAGAGGGAGGGUCAUCUCGUUGUGGCCCAUCCCCACCAGGCAGACCUUCCCGCCGGCGCGGGCGGCGCUGAGGGCUGUGGACAUAG